GACCGGUAGGGGCGCUGCAGUCGCCCAGCGGCCCGAGGUCGGCCGUAACCGGUACCAUGACUCAGCGGCGCCCCGCCCCGGGGUAAUUACAUACUGCGCAGUUGCAGCGGUCCAGACCGGGACAAAGGCCGACGGAGGAGCACGAGCUGCACUGCGUCCACCAGGAGGGUCAGUCGACAGAGCGGGUGGUCCAACAGUGUGUGGACGGUACUGAGCUCUGUCCACCGGAGCCGACCACGGCGGAGGCGGCGAAUAUCAGGAGGUGCGUCCCCUCAUGGACCGCCUGUACGACGAGCUGCAGGGUCUGAAGGAAGCCGUCAUAACUCUGAUUGGACAGCAGUCGCCGCCGGCGGCCGGCCCGCACACCCGGCCGCAGAGUUCCGCAGAGCUGCGGGACGCGGUGCUGGCCGACGCUCGCGGCAUGCUGGGCGAGGAGCUGCGGCAGCUGCGCCGAGAGCUGCAGGAGCUGAGCCUGGAGGUGGCCCAGAUGAGGAACCCAAAGCAGCUGGAGGCGCAGGCGGCACCACAGCUGCAGCAGCUCCCCAUACCGCAGCUGUUUUCCUGCGGUGGCAAGGCCCCCUCCACGGCGGCUCCCACCAUCUUCGGGUUGGGGUUCAGUAAGAAGACGCCCGCUACCCGGACGGUCUCCGGCACGGACGGCGGUCUCAGGUUCGGCAAGGCACCGUCGGCCUGGACUGGCUGUACCACGACUGGCGCCUCUGCUGCCGCCUCCACUGGCUUCAGCUUUGGACCGACCACAGCGCCACCUGCUCAGCCGAGCACGCCGAGCUUCUCGUUCCGUCCGCCGACCGCCGAGGGCGCCACCAGCACACCGGCAAAGGCAAGGGGCGAGAACACCACGGAGGAGGGGCCUGUCAGCUCGACCUCUGGCUCUGGCGCCGCGGUCUCCAAUACCACCACCUCCAGCGCCGCGACCUCCGCCCCCGCCGCUGCACCGGCCGCCGCCACUGAAUCGACUGGUGCCGGCGCUGCGGCCACCCCGGCCCCGGCCAAUGGACUGCCUGCGUGUCACUGCCGGGGCCCUACAGAGGCUGCUGUCCGCCCUCACCGGCCUGGAAGACGUCACACUUGACGGCUCUUUGUCCGGCGCAAUCACUGACGCCUCACUGGCCGCCCUCCACGGCUGCUCCCAGCUGCGUACAAUGCAGCUGGGAACGACCAGGGAACUCUGUACGGAUGUACCGGUCACAGCGGUCAGCAGACUGGUGGUUACCUGUCGGAGGCUGGAGUGGCUGAUUUUUCACGCAACGAAGGAGCUCAGUCAGUCGGUCCUGGACGCCCUGGUCCGGGCAGACCUGGGGAAAAGAGAUGACGGCACGCCGAGAGCACUGAGGUUUGGGGUCCCAGCAUCUGUCUAUGAGAAGCUAAAAAAGCCACCGUUCACCAGCAGCAUCAAAGUCUGUCAGCUUGCCUAGGGGUAUCAUUCGAAAAUACCACGCCGACUCAGAAUGCGCCUACAGCAGUUAUCCUCAACUUGUUUACCCUUGGAUUGGAAGGAUCCGAGAAUAUGACGGACUAAUGGGACGACAGUCGGCCGGGCUUUAUCCCCAACUGGGAGCGGGUGAAGCUGCGCUCCUUCAGCACCAGCGUGCACCGGGUGAACACGGUGGGGUCGAACACAAUUAUUCCGAUCAAAACUACGCUGAUUUAUAACAUUAUACUUGUUUGAAAAAGUCCAUGGACAUCUCGUGUAUGCUUUAUAUACAGGUAGAAGGACAAGAUGUGAAUGUAAUGGCGUGAUACAUUACAUUACAAGUGAGGCGUGAAAUAUGGACCAGGAAUUUGUGUGUGUGGUUCCACAGUGCGCCAUACCACUGAACCCAACACAUUGGUUUAUCUGUGGACUCUAUCGAGAGCGGAUGACGCACUGUGCGGUGUUUACUUUCUUUCGAAUGAAUUGUGUGAAAUAUCAUUGCUGGAGAUUGCACAUUGCAUGUAUCGUAAGGUCCUACGUGCGAGCUGCUUUGUAGAAGUUCGUCAGCGAACUGAUGCACUGCGUUUGGAACAAAUUUUAUGUAGGUUUAGAUGUUCAUCUAUGUACAUAUUGAACGAUAAACACAGCUAUGCAGCUUUUAUAGGUAAUAUUUUGUACACGUGCGGAGAUCAAGACGUUUGUGCAUCGGAUUGUGUCUGAAUUAUCGGUGACGAAUGGUAUUGAUGAACUUUGCUUGUGCCGCGCGGCUGCGCUGAUUUGGAUACCUACAUUCUUUCUCUUGACUCUGUUUGCCUAAUGCAACUCCAGAUAUCGAUGUUAUUGGUAGCUUAGUAGCCAGUUACAACUAGCUAAUGUCCUUGGAGUAUUUGUUUACGUGUUUAUAUGCCAUGUUCGUGUGUAUGAUCACCAAAAGUGCCUGCUUUAUAUCUGUAAUACAGUAACGGCAGUGACAUAA